AUGCCUGAAACGGUCGACAUCACGGUGGAAUUCACUGGUGGACUUGAGUUACUCUUCGACAAUGUGGCACAGCAUUCCUUGUCCUUUGCCAAGAACACUGACGAGGGGAAGCCACCCACAGUUGGCUUCCUGGUGAAAUAUCUGUGCGAGCAUCUAAUGAAGGACUCACGGAAGGAGCUAUUUGUUCUGAACGGCAAUGUGCGGCCGGGCAUUCUGGUCUUAAUCAAUGAUUCGGACUGGGAACUCGAGGGUGAAGACAAAUACGAGUUGGCCGACAAGGAUAAAAUUCUCUUCGUGUCUACUCUGCACGGCGGGUGA